AUGGGGGAAGUGGAUGCCGAUGUUGCAGCUGCUCUCAGGCAGCUGAAGACCGGGAACUUCAACCAAGGGCAGCAGGCUGCGCCCGCUGUCCCAGUGCAGCAGUUCCAGCGCCCCAGACCCCCGCCACCACAAUGGGAGCCCAACAAGGCGCCACGGCUGGGUCCUGCCCCGCAGGGUGUGGUCCCGCCGAAUGCUGGAGCGCUGGGGCCACUGGUGCGACCUGCACAGCCGCAGGCAGCUCCACCGGCAGGGGCUCCUGUGCCAAGCAUUCUGGGAGCGAGGCCAACAGCACCUCCACCUCCCGGUGGAAUUGCUGCCUUGCCUCAACCUGGCCUCACGCCACUUCGGCCAGCCGCGGAUGCUGCAGGUGCUGCCACCGUGCCAGCAGCGCUUCCGGGGCUUCUUCCGCCUGGUUUUGCUCCCACAGCUCCAGGAGUUGGUCUCCCGACCUCACCACCGAACUUGCUGGCAGGUGCCAGCUUGACAAGUCCAGUUGCCGGCGCCGCUCCGCCAGCGUCGUCAGUCGCCGCGGCGAUUGCAGCUGCAGCUGCUGCUGGUGCGGCAGCCAACAAGAUCACGGAGACCAUGGAAAUCCCACAGACUUCGGUUGGUGUUCUGAUUGGGAAGCAAGCAUCUACCAUCAACGCCAUCAAGACUUAUGCGAAGGCUCACUGUUUCGUCGAGCAGCACACGCCCACGGAGGACAAGGCGAAGGUCACCAUCAUCGGCUCCGUGCAAGAGGUUGACGUUUGCAAGAAGGUGGUAAGCGGCAUUGUGGAGGGCUCCUUGAGCCCCCAGGUUCUGAUCCAGCUUGCGGCGCAGACCGCUCAGGCGGAGGCCCAG